AUGUCGGUGGGUGACGAGGAUGCGAAAAAAGACAUCGAAGCGAGCAGUGCGUCGCGUAAAUCUUCUUUUAAAGAAAAAAGAAAAUCGAGCGGACACAAGCAGAAAGCACACCUGUGCAUCCACCAAAAGAAGGCUGUUAAAGUCAGAGAACGCAUCGAGCGACGGCGAGACGAGCAGAAGGCGGUCGUGAAAAAGCGACAUCGAGAGGUAGAGCGCCGCGAUUUUUUCCUUCUGCCUGAGGAAUCGGGUCUGCGCUCUUUUCUCCCCUUCCGGGGAUUCGACAGUUGGGUCCUGACGCACGGAACGUCAACCCAAGGGGCAUGGCUUUCCAUCCGCAAGAGGCUUUGCUCGCGACCGCGAAGUCUCUGCGGCUGCGUUCUCACAGAAGAUGGGCUCAGAGCGAGGAGGAGCCUCUCGGGUGAAGCGUGA